AAAAGUGUAAUUCCAUCCAGAAAUGCAGUAGCAGGUGCCAUGUAAUUCAUUUGGGUUGUUUUUCGCGAAGCUUAAACAAGCAAUAUAGACAUCGUCACAUAUGCAAUUAUGGAACUUUCAACAAUUUUCGCUAUCUUUACUGUGCUGUGUAUAAAUUCGGUGCCUUCGCAGUCUUCAAUUUGCAAAAAAGGUAAGUUGACAUAAAUUUUGAUAGAUUUUACUUAGUUUACUACUCGUCUUGAAAACGGGUAAAUAGAGCGGGGAUUUGUAUAUUUUUGAACUGGGUAAAUGCGAUUUGGGUUAAUACUGAGACUGAAAGACACAAAAAUGGGAAUUGAAAAAUCCGUAUACCAUUAUAAAGACAGUUACUCGGACAUUUCAGAGUGAAAUAAGUUUAAGAACAGCUGCAUGGCAAUUUUUGAUGGAGAAUUUGUAUUAAAAGAGUCCAGGAACUGAUGGCUCAAUGAGGUCAUUUUUCUGGUAUUGUAAAUCAGUUAUAUACCUUUUUCUUGGCAAAACUAUAUAGUUCUAAAGAGGGUAAUUGAACGCACAAUUGCGUUUAAGAGUCAUCAUGCGUAUAGAUGAACCAUCUGCUCUCGGAUUUUCUUUUAAUUUCACAGUGAGACUGGGAUUUGUUCUAAAAAAAGGGCUGAGAAAUGGGGCGGGGCUGGCUGACUCGCAAGAUUUUUAAGUACAAUCUCCCCGAUUGGGGGCUGCAGCUGCAUAUCCUUUGAUUAACGGAGCGAGGUUUUGGUGCAUGACCUCAUGAGGUCAAAAGCAGGGUUAGCCAUAUAAAACCACUCCCAGGUGACCAAACAACAAUUAGUAGAUGCUUAAAAAGUUGUCAGUCAAAUUGGCAUUUGAAAUAUAAUAACCGAAGUAUAAUUUUGGGCUUGUAAUGUCCAUUGCAAUCUAGGUAAAAUAUUGGCAUGAUCUAUCCACAAUAAUCCAAGAUGGCGGACUCAAGGUUAGCGACGACAUAAUGAGACACAACAGUGCAAUGAGUGCAAAUACAAUAAAAUUCCCCAUAGGUAAACUUACAGGGAGUGAAAACACAAUGGCAAAAACAGUAGGUUCAAGAUGGCGUCCUCAAUUUUGCAUGGAAGGCCCUAUUAAAGCCUGGUUCACACUAGCAAUUCUGUCGGCGAUUUUUAUCCUCCUGGCAAAUGUGAUCGAGUGAAUGACGUGCAAAAGACUUAGAAUUGUUUACUUCUGAAAAGCGACUCUAUACUUUUGUGUGCGAGUUCACUCAUUUGCAUCCGUCAGAAACACAAAAUCGCCGACAAAAUUACUAGUGUGAACCAGGCUUAAGCAACGUUUGAAGAAGCUGUAAAAAAGUUUUCCCCCAUUAUUUUAAAAGUUCUUUCAAAUGAGACAAAGUAAAUUUUUAUUCCUGAAAGCUAACCGGCUUCCAAUAAUUCAAUCCCUGUUCUCUCAUUGAUCCAUUAACGAACAUUUUUCAUUUUAGGGGAGGAUCCACUUGUUCUCUUAAAUACUUUCAACAACAAAGUUUAUGCCGACGGCAAAGAGAUAACAACUAGUAUAGUUGUAGCUUCUUACAUCACUAACUUUGACAUCACUGGCUUCUGUCUUCCAUCCAAAACUCGCCUUAUUGCUGUCACUAAUGUGCUGGACCAAUUUCCAGGAGCUUUUCUGUUCGGGUCGAUCCGAGGUAAACUGGUAACGAAUAAGGAAUGGAUUUGUGUCGAGAAGACCAGCGACGGGGAUUGGUACCAAGUGAAAUAUGACGACAGGAAAUGGCCUCGGGCGCAUGCAAAUCCAGCACCAGCGGUGAUGCCAAAUAUUUCUCAAAAUGCGCUGUCAAUAUCAGGUUCACCAGUGGCAUCCAGCAAGUACCAUUGUAGGUUCUGGAUCGGUGCCAGGCCUACUCUUCAUGAACUAUUCACGCGUAAGUAAAAACACAGGUUAUGCUGAACUAGUUAUUCUCAUUUGAGCAACGGUUUUGCCGAAAACUUAUAUAAUUUCUGAUUGACAAACAUUAAUUAUAAUCAUUAUUUUGAUUGUUUAAUUAAUCACAAUAUAAUUUUGAUCAAUGGAUAUAUAAAAAAACAACAUUUAAAAUGGUUUUGAACGAUCUGCGCCAGUGUGGGUAGUGCCAAUAUAAGAAAGCUGUGGUUUGAUAGGGAUGCAACCACCUAAAAAAUACAAGGAGAACUUCAAAGUUCUCAAGUCCUGUAUAUAGUAAAUUCAAAGGUCGAGCUCAUGUUGGGAUUGAUAGGGACACAACUAAUUAAUACAAUAAAUUCGCGACACCACACAAAACCACAAGCAUUGGACAAGACGUUUGGGUAUAAAUGCAUUGGCCUUCGAAGGGAGGCUGCAUCGCAGCAUCACAGGGUGAGUGAUUACAUACAGCUGCCUUACUUUCUGCGAAAAAGCCGUAAGGUAGUUUUUACUGCGCAUAUAUCUGGCGGCCAUGUUCUUAGCAAGUGCCCUAAAGAGAAGUCUUCACACCCUAGAACAUUAAAUUUUAAUAUAUUUUCAGGGGGUGCUCUUUAGCAGGCUGCUCCAUUUACUGUUCUAGAAUAUUUGGAACACUGUUCUGGAACGAUAUAAAAUGGGGUGCACACGGUGUUCUGGAACAGUACUAGUGUUGAGUUUAUUAUAUAUGCGUGCAACCAUGCAUUACUAUAUGAAUUAGUUAUUCGCAUAAAAAAGCGUAUAAUGAUUCGCUGUUAUUUGUACAUCUACGUAUGCUUUUGCAACGUUUUUAGUUGUUGAUUUUGCCCAACCCUGGCGUUCAAAUAGCAUAUUAUAAUAAGUAUAUGUCAAAAUAUAUCGGUUAACCCUUCAAAAUAACGCUCUAUACAGUGUGCAUUGAUACACAAAAUAUGUCGCCUCCAUUUCCGAUCACGUGAAAAUAGGCAGUGUCACGUGUCUGUUCUGGCUGCCCCUACUCGAAAAUCGAGGUAGUCAGAACAGUUCAGAACAGUCAUGUGACUCUCUUUUGUUCCAUUCCAUUAGUGUUCCGAAAAUCCGGAGUACUCCUAACAGUAAAUGGAGCAGCUUGUAGAGCACUUGCUAAGAAUGUGCAAACUGGAAAAAUCCCUAAAGCCUGGUUCACAUAUGCCUGAGCUAUCAUUGUUUACAGCUGUUGAUGCAUACAUUCGUUUGUGAGUUACUUGGUUGAACUGCUAACGACAAUAGCCCGCCGACAUACCGCAGGUAUAUCCGAACCAGGCACUAAAUUUACACUAAAUUACGCUGAAGUGAGACCACUGUAUGUAAUUACUCUGUGGCGGCAUCGACGCGCAGUGGUGGGAUAAUCAGAUUAAGAUUGGAUUAGGGUUGCAUCCCGGUACCACAUGCACAUACACUGUAGUCUAUUGAGGAUUUGGCCUACAGUACAAAACUACUGUUUCUGUAAAAAUUUACGUUACUAUUGCGUUUCAUUUCCAGGUUCGGCAUAUGCAUCAAAGUUGGGGAGAAAUCAACGCCUGGACUUUCACGUUAUUCAGUCAUUUCUGGUCAGCGGUAUCUUUGAAUGCGUCAUACGUUGUCUAGAUUAUGAAGAGUGCGUUUCUAUGAAUUUUGAGAAAUCGGAACACGGGCACGAUGUAUUAAAGAAAUGUGAGCUGAACAGCGGAGUGAAAAGCAAUUUUCCAGAUCAUAUCAUAAUGAACGAUAACUUUGAUUAUUAUAAUAUCAUAAACCCAUGAAUUCAGACAAUAGACACUUACCGAAUUUGCUGCUUAGCCAUGAAAACUGCUUUUUUUACAAUCGAUUCCACCGGCCCGCCACCAUUUCAAACUAUUGUUUCGCCUGCACUCAAGAGAUAUUCGGCAAGUGUCUACUGACCUGACUGGAUGUUUUCAGUUAGGCAUGUUUUCAAGGCCAUGAAGUAUUUCAAAACAUACAUGAUAAAUUUUUAUUAAGUUUCUCACUCACUGGUGAAUGGAUGUUCCAACAGGUUAUUGCUCAAUUGAUAGGUAAUAUUUAUCCAUGAUUAACAAUGAGUUUGUUAUUGUAAUCAUAGGCGGCGGAACGGGGGGCAGCUUGGGGACUAUAUUCCCCCAGAAGUAAAAAUGGGGGCUAAACCGCCCAGAAAACAAUCAGAGUAAAAAUUUUGAAAUUUCUACAUAAAAGUUGGACAAAUUCGGAUAAAAAAAUGAGGAAAGAAUUAAGCAAAAGCGGUAGGUGUAUUAUAAAUAUCAAGGAGGAAAUAUAAUGAGUCGGGGGAAAAAAUUGGUUCCGCCUGAUCCGUUGCCAACAUUUCCAGGAAAAGAUUUUAUAAAUUAGCACAAUGUUUAGAAAUUAGCCCCCCCCCCCUCCUCCCAAAAAUAAAAACUGUUUCGCCGCCAGCGAUUGUUUGACAAAAUAUUUGUUGACAAGUUAAAUUAGUGGGACUUUCAAAGUAAACAAAAAUAUUAAACUUUAAAGUGGAAGUCAAGUCCGUAAUGUAAACAAACGGUUUGUUUACAUCUUGAACUGCUGUAUUUUUUAAAAUAUGAUGUACUGUCUGAAUAUCUUACACCAUUUUGGUUCGCUAUGCUUCUAAAUGAAUAUAAAAUAGAGUUUAUGUUCAGAAAAAUUCGAAACUUUCGAAAUUUGGGCAAUGUUCACAUUAGAGGGUCCUCACAUUGUUAUGAGCAGAACCGAUGCGCAGAACGGACUUGACUUCCACUUUAAUUACUUAACGUAAAAUAAUGUUUUUUAACAGUUCAUGUCCAUAUUGCUUAACAAUAUAGCCGAUAACUUUCAAAUAUAUUUAACAACUAUGCAUGCCAUUAGCUCGAGUCGUAUAUGAGCUGGUAGCCGGCCACGAGAGCGAAUAUUUGUUUCGUAAUAUUGUCUUAUAGUUAUGGCCAUUAACUGCAGCAAUAAUAUGUUCUUCUCUG